AUGGCUUCCCUCGCUCGUCCCGUAUUGCUCCGGCAGACAGCUUUAGCCGCCUCGACCCGACGAGUUGCAACCACCACAUUCUCUAGACAGCAGCUAAUCCGACCAACGAUUUCGAAAGAUGUCGCGCAAGUUGCUGCCUUCCACGCUUCUAGCAGAAGAAACCUAUUGCCUCCAGGACCACAGGUUAUAAAGGGAUCCGUCAACGACCCGGCGCCGAUCCCCGAGACUAGCCCCUCCCAUGGCUCAUACCACUGGACCUUCGAGCGUCUCGUAGCCGCCGGUAUCAUCCCGCUUACCAUUGCGCCCUUCGCCGGCGGUUCGCUAAACCCCGGUCUUGACGCAAUUCUAUGCUCUCUAUUGCUAGUCCACAGUCAUCUUGGCUUCCAGUCCGUCCUUGUCGACUAUAUUCCUACCAGCCGCUUCCCUAAGUCCCGCAAGGCAUCUAUGUGGCUCCUUAACGCCGCCACCGCCCUCGUCGGCGUCGGCCUGUACGAAUUCGAGACGAACGAUGUCGGUCUAACCGAGGCUGUCAAGAGAGUCUGGAAGGCUCAAGCUUAA